AUGUCUGACCGUCUGGGCACAAAUGCUCUUCGUCUGUUAGCAAGCAUCAGUGGCUCUCAGCUUUGUGUACGGCAAUUUCUGUCCCAGCUCACAGCAGAGGCUAGAAUUGAUAUGUCUGGCCGUCUCGGCACGAAUACUCUUCGUCUGCUAACAUGCAUGAGUGAUUGUGAGCAUUGUAUACGACAUUUUCUGUCUCAGCUCACAGCAGCGCUAGAAUUAAUAUGUCUGGCCGCCCAGGGAACGAAUGCACUUCGUCUGCUAACAAUCAUGAGUGGUUCCCAGCUUUCUGUACGACAAUUUCUGCCUCAGCUUACAGAAGCGCUACAAUUGAUGUCUGGCCGUCUGGGCACGAUUGCUCUCCCUCACAGCAGCGCUAGAAUUGAUAUAUCUGGCCGUCUGGGCACGAAUUCUCUCCGUCUGCUGACAAGCAUGAGUGCUUCCCAGCUUUGUGUACGACACUUUCUGUUCCAGCUCACAGUAGCGCUGGAAUUGAUGUCUGGCCGUCUGGACACGAAUACUCUCCGUCUGCUAACAACCAUGCGUGGUUCUCAGCUUUGUGUACGACAAUUUCUGUCCCUUCUCACAGCAGCGCUACAAUUGUUAUAUGUCUGGCCGUCUGGCACGAAUGCCCUCCCUCACAGCAGCGCUAGAAUUCAUAUGUCUGGCCGUCUGGGCACGAUUGCUCUCCGUCUGCUAACAAGCACGAGUGAUUACCAGCUUUGUGUACGACACUUUCUGUUCCAGUUCACAGCAGCGCUAGAAUUGAUAUGUCUGGCCGUCUGGGCACGAUUGCUCUCCGUCUGCUAA